AUGCGUGCUCACAUUAGCAUAUAUCGCAAAACAUCAAGGAAAAAAGAAUAUCUUGUUGCUUUAACAUUAAACAAAUCGAGCAGCAUUUUUGCAGCCCCAAUUAAAACGCGUCAUUUCCUCCAAACCUUUAAACCCGUCCUUUUUACCAAUAUCCUCGAUGAAAAUACUGCUACCACUGAAGCAGCUACUACGAAUUUAUUGGAAAUUGAAGCAGCCAAUUCAGCACAAACUGCUGCAACUUUCGAUCACGAAACCGCUGCUACAACACUCCUCAACAAACGUCAUUUUUUGCAUGGUUUUAAACCGGUCAUUUUUACCAAUAUUCUCGAUGAAAAUACUGCCACCACUGAAGCAGCUACUACAAAUUUACUGGAAAUCGAAGCAGCUAAUUCAGCCCAAACCGCAGCAACUUUCGAUCACGAAACCGCCAAUACAAUUCUGAUUAAAUAA